AUGGACAGCCAACCUGACGAUGUCCCAGAAAACCUAGAUCAGGUGCUGAAAGCCGUGGCUGCAGCAAAUGUAGGUGAGACAGCUGGAGAAUUCCAGGAGUUCUCCUUGGAAAAAGUGAAGAAUGAUGAUGCUGAAGAAAACUUUGGAGAUAGAGAUGGACCACAGAGGCAGGAGGAAAGCCACAUAGGUAAGAGGUGGGAUAAUCCCAUUCCUUGCCAAAUAGGGGUCCUCCCUGAAACCCCAGUCCAUGAAGAAAGAAUGCACAAAGGAAAGAAGACCCAUCAAUGCUUGGAGUGUGGAAAAGCCAUGAUUGGCAGAGCAGAGUUCCUUCGACAUCUAAGAAUACAUACAGGAGAGAAAUAUUCUAGCUGCUCAGACUGUGAUAAGAGCUUCUCAGAGAAAUCGGACCUUGUUCAACACCAAAGAAUUCAUAGAAGAGAGAAGCCUUUAAUCUACUCCAUGACUGGAAUGAUUUCCUUGAAUGGAAAAGAGGGUAAUAGGCAUUUUUCAAAGCACAGUAUACUGAAUACAUGUCAAUGCUUUCAGUGUGGAAAGUACUUCAGAUACAAAUCACAGUUCCCAGUACACCAAAGGAUCUACAGAGCAGCAAAACGUUUUGAAUGCUCAGAGUGUGGAAAGAAAUUCAAUCAGAAUCUCCUUCUUAUACAACAUCAAAAAACCCACACAGGGAAGAAGCCUUUUGAAUGUUCAGAGUGUGGGAAGAGAUUCAGUCAGAGUGGGAAUCUUCAACAGCAUCAAAGAACCCACACAGGGGAGAAGCCUUUUGAAUGCUCAGAGUGUGGGAAGAGAUUCAGUCACAGUAGCACUCUUCAAUGUCAUUUAAGAACCCACACAGGAGAGAAGCCUUUUGAAUGCUCAGAGUGUGGGAAGAGAUUCAGUCACAGUGGCCAUCUUCAUAGUCAUCUCAGAACCCACACAGGGGAGAAGCCUUUUGAAUGCUCAGAGUGUGGGAAGAGAUUCAGUCAGAAUGGCAGUCUUCAAAUGCAUCAAAGAACCCACACAGGGGAGAAGCCUUUUGAAUGCUCAGAGUGUGGGAAGAGAUUCAGUCAGAAUGGCAGUCUUCAGGUGCAUCAAAGAACCCACACAGGGGAGAAGCCUUUUGAAUGCUCAGAGUGUGGGAAGAGAUUCAGUCGGAGUGGCCAUCUUCAAAGUCAUCUCAGAACCCACACAGGGGAGAAGUCUUUUGAAUGCUCAGAAUGUGGGAAGAGAUUCAGUCGGAGUGGCCAUCUUCAGAGUCAUCUCAAAACCCACACAGGGGAGAAACCUUUUGAGUGCUCAGAGUGUGGGAAGAGAUUCAGUUGGAGUGGCAAUCUUCAAAAGCAUCAAAGAACCCACACAGGGGAGAAGCCUUUUGAACGCUCAGAGUGUGGGAAGAGAUUCUGUGACAGCGGCAGUCUCCAGAAACAUCAAAGAACCCACACAGGGGAGAAGCCUUUUGAAUGCUCAGAGUGUGGGAAGAGAUUCAGUAGGAGUGACAGUCUUCAAAAACAUCUUAUAAUUCAUUCUGGGGAGAAGACUUUUAAAUGCUCAGAGUAUCAUUCCUACUUAGAGAGCUGGCCUUCCAUGAAGACACACAUGUACCCAAUGGUGCUGAGGUUCGAGCACGGGGACGAACAACUGGGAGUCCCAUAG